AAAACAAUGAAGCACCAAACCAGAGACAAGGCGAGAAUCCACACAAUGAAGCAGUAGCGAGAAUGGCAACUCCAUUACACUAUCGACCAAGAGGCAUGUCGAUUCCGGCCACCUUGAGCCACUCCUCAUCAGAUUUGAACCUCGACGACAAACAAACUCCCUCACCAAAAACACCACGCUUCACAGCCGAGGAAAGCAAAGACAAUAAACAAGAUAGGGGACCGACGCUGGUGCUAUCGGAGCCGCCACGCACCGGUCAGAGCUUGGCUAAGACGAAGAGAAGAAAGCGGCUAUUAGUAACUAUGACCGAUGACAAAACCCGAGCAAAAGCAAUGACAAAAGCAGUUCAGUUUAAAGGUGUGUCAGCCGUGGAAAUAAAAGGCGAUCAUAGGAACCAGAUAGAGGUCACCGGUGUUGAAGUUGAUAUGAUCCCCCUCAUCCAAAAACUCAGAAAGAAGGUAGCAUUUGCAGAGCUUGUAAGCGUGACCAAAGUUGAACCUCCAAAGAAAGAAGACGAGAAGAAGGGAGCGGACGGAAAAGGUGCUGGAGGAAAAGGCGGUGACCAAAAAGGUGGCGAUAAGAAACCGCCAGAUGACAAGAAACCUCCGGAGCCAAAACCGGUGCCGUGUUAUCCCUGGCCUCAGGGAUAUGGUGUGCCUUCCCCCUUUCCCCAGGGAUACGGUGUGCCUUCCUCCUUUCCCCAGGGAGACGGUGUGCCUUCCGCCUUUCCCUACCCGUGCCAUCCGGCACAUCCCUGUAAUGAUAUAGGGGAACCCGUUUACAAUCACGAACCCAAAUGCACAAUCAUGUGAAAUGGGUUUUACAGAGGAAGAUUGAUAGAGCAUGAUGACACAAUGUUUUCUUUGUAAAGAACUAAAGAAUCAAUGUGUUUAAUUACUAUUUAGUCAUAUGAAUAAAGCUAUGAGACUACC